AUGUUCCUGUCUUCAUCACUUCCUGUCCUCCUUCUGUGCAUGCUGACAGCAUCCAGCUCAGAAAUAAAAAUCUCCGAGGAUGCCCUGAAGACCUGCUCAGCGAUCGCCUGUGGCAUCCCAGGCAGAGAUGGACGAGAUGGACCCAAGGGAGAAAAGGGGGAACCAGGGCAGGGGCUCAGAGGCUUGCAGGGCCCUCCGGGGAAAAUGGGGCCUCCAGGAAACACAGGGCCUCCUGGGGCUCCAGGAAUAAAGGGCACCAAAGGAGACCGUGGAGACAAUUCAGUUGUGGAGACUAAGCUGGCUAACCUGGAGGCAGAGAUGAGGAGACUGAAAUCGGAACUGGACCAUGUCAAAAAGUUGCAAGCCUUCUCCUUGGGCAAAACACCUGGGAAGAAGUUCUACGUGACCAACGGUGAAAGAAUGCCUUUUUUCAAAGUGAAGGCCCAGUGCGCCGAGCUCCAGGGCACCGUGGCCACGCCGAAGAACGCUGAGGAGAAUAAAGCCAUCCAGGAUAUGGCCGGCAGCCCUGCCUUCUUGGGCAUCACGGACGAAGUGACUGAAGGCCGGUUUAUGUACGUGACGGGAGGGAGGCUUGCCUACAGCAACUGGAAGAGGGAUGAGCCUAACGACCACGGCUCAGGGGAGGAUUGUGUGAUCCUCCUCCAGGACGGGCUCUGGAAUGACAUUUCCUGCUCUUCCUCCUUCCUGGCCGUCUGUGAAUUCCCAGCCUGA